UCGUUGCUGGCGUUCGUAAAGCUCCUCGCAUUUUCUCGUGUGUUAGUGGUCUAUUCCUAUCGCUUGUAUUCAUCAGUGAUUUGCUAUAAAUAUAUAGUACGUUACCGUCUCUUCCAUUUGAUCCAUAACUUCGUACCCGCACGUCCAGCACAGACAACAAUGAAGACCGUAUACUUGGCAGCGAUAACGAUGGUGCUAGUCAUGCUGUCAUCCACUUGCAGAGCGGAUGAUGAUGUUAUUGAUGCAGUAGCCAUUUCGGAAAGAAAGUACAUCGGGGCCGACUCCAUGUCCCUGUUGCAUAAACUAUCGUCGGGAACGGUCAAAGGGUUCAACGCCACCAGUAGAGACCGUUCGUCUCGACAGAAGCCUUCCGUGUGGCCCGAACUCAUUUCCCGUUUGCCCGUCUCCGGACUCUUCGACUUUGGAGCCAAAGCGCUCAACAUUGCGCGCUUCUGGCCAGCCGGAUUGGCUUCUCUGGUCGUCGGCACGGCUCCGACAACCGGCGCCGUUGUUGGUGUUGUGGCCAUAUCUAUCUUCAUUAUCGUCAUUUGGCUCGUCAUUUACAGUAUUGGAGUGUUGCCUGUCGGAGCAGCGCUGUUGGGCCGGCAAGACUUUGGUAUGGAUUCACCGUAUGCUGGCCACCCAGGAAUGAUGCUUCCUCAAAUGGCUCAACAACCAUUUCAAGGACCUUAUCCGUACAACCAACGAUUCCAGCGGAGCCUGGCUGAUGCCAGUCGAUCUGUUAUGGAUGCCAUUGGUCAAUUCGAAUCGAAAAACCAAUAAAAGAAACAUGAUCGAUUGUUUACGAUUUUUUGGUUUUUCAAAUUGUUGCAGUUUGCUCCAUCUGUGUGUCUCGCCUAUUUUAUUAUUCCGCCCCCCCCCCCAUGAAAACUUGUGAGAUCGGGAAUGUUUCUUGAGUUGCCCGUAUGAGGUUCUAUUCUUUAUUUAUUUCCUGCGCACUAACAAACGCAAAGGUGUACAUUACCUAUGCAUAUAUUUACAUAAAUAUAGAAGAAUACAAAUUUCAUUUGUAAA